AAAUGUGUAAUUCUAAUCUCAACCAUUUCGUCCAUUUCUUCCAGAAGAAAAAGACUUAUCACUUACUUUAUCUGUCAUCAAUGACAGAAGAAAAUCUGUCAAUUUACUCGAAAUAAAAUAAAAAUAUGACAGUGAAGUGAACAUAAUAAAGUUACAAUAAUAUUUUUCCUCCUAAUUUAUAGAAAGAUUCGUUCGUGAAUCGCUAUCUUCACAUUGCAAUAAAAAAAAAUUCAUGACAAGGUCGUAGUGUGUGAUGUUAGUUAAUUGUGUACGCAAUUAUGAUGCUGGAAGAAGAGAAAUGUCGCCAUCUGGAUUCGAUUCCUGAUGUGUUCUGCUCCUUUUGUAAUCUGAAUACACCUCAAACACUGCUAAACUUAUGCUUCGAAUACGUUAGUAAUAAUGUUGGUGUAAUAGCAGUAAAAAGUCCUUAUACUGGCAAAUUAGAAUUGCGGAAAGGAAUUGCGUUACCUGUAGAAUUAUGUGAGAGACUACUAAGUUUGAGAUCAAGUAUUAACUGUAGUAUAAAUUCAGAAUUUAUAAAUGUAUUCCGAGAUAGAGAAUGUACUAGACUGAAAAGAGUGAAACUCAAAGGAGAAAAUUUGACUGAUGCAGAUCUUGAAGUCUUGCUUGCCCAUAGAUUAGUAGAACUAGAUAUAACCAAUUGCCCAUUAUUAACAACAAGAUGUAUUGAUUAUUUAUCAGAAUAUGGGUCAAGUUUAUUGUCACUUUCAUUAGGAUCCAAUACAAAGUUAUUUCCAGAAAGAGUGUUUGGACCGAAGUCAAAAAUUGAAAAUGAAGGAUAUACAUCGUAUAUUUUUCACACCCCAGCAUUACGGAGAUUAAUUUUCAGGAAUAUGAAACACCUACAAGAUUACUUCUUUGUGUUACUCUUAGCUCCUCUGAACAGUUUAACCCAUCUGGAUCUCUCCAGUUGCAGCAACAUUGGCACUUUCAAUUAUAGCAUACAUCUGACGAAUUUAACUUCUCUAGUUCUGUAUAAUAUUGAAAAUAUGGAAGAAAAGAUCACUGCAGUUUGUGCUUUGACCAAUCUACGACAUUUGGAUAUUUCGCAGUGCAAUGAAGAAUUAGGAAAAUAUUCGAAACCAAAUGAAAUCUUAGCUGCGAUCGUGAAGUGCUUGCCUUAUCUGACUUCGUUGGAUAUAUCUGGGACCAAUCUUGCGGGUAGGGGAGUGGCCAAAGUGGGAGUUGAGAAUUUUCCUUCGGACAUCCCUGGGUUAGUUCAUAGGGCUAACAAUCCUUUCGAAUUCUUGGGUCUGUAUGAAACGAGUCAUGACGCCUGUUUGCGACAUGACAUACCUGCCAAAUUGAUUGCUGGAAAUGCGAAUGAGGAACAAAUUUUAAUCUCUGCCUUGGCCUACUUGGAAAGACCGGAAAUGUUGCAAAAAGUUCUAAACGAUCUAUUCCACCUGUUCCGUUAUGAAAGUUGCGAAUUUGUAGGCCAAGCUCUGAACAUAGUAUUGGAAGCUAUGAACAGACAUGUCUUCGAGAGACAUAUUCAGAUUUCUGGAAGCGCAACAUUAUUCUACAUUGUCAAAGGCACAAUGGCUGAGGAAUUGUCGAAAACUGUUAGGGCAAAAAAGAAAAUCAUCACAACUUUGUUGAAUGGUAUGGCCGCUCACAUCAACGAUGAGACAAUGAUGAGAAACGGUUGUCUCACUCUUUGCCAAUUCAAAAUACCUAAUGAUGUGCUGUUUGAAUACAAUAGACUGGUCGAUAUAUUACUACAUUCAGUAAAUGGACUCCAGCAGGAAAGCUUCGUGCAGAGAAUAGGUAUAUAUCUACUGAACUCGCUAGCUUGCCAAGUCGACGGCAGGCAAAAGAUAAAAUUGGGGGAAUUGGGAGUUAUAAGUAAAAUGAUCUCUCUUAUCUCGGACAGAUUAGAAAGGGGCCUCUGCGACGACGUCCUUGAAGUGGCCUGGUCUACCAUGUGGAACGUGACAGACGAAACUCCUUGUAACUGUCAAAAGUUCCUCGAAAAGAACGGCAUGGAAUAUUUUCUCCUGUGCCUUCAAAAAUUUCCGCAUAAAGAGGAACUGCUGAGAAACAUGAUGGGACUGCUAGGCAACGUUGCCGAGGUGCAGUCCCUGAGGCACUAUCUCGUAACUUCCGAAUAUCUGUCAGUAUUUUCGACUCUCCUGGAAUCCAGAAGUGACGGCAUCGAGGUCAGCUAUAAUGCCGCCGGCGUGAUCUCUCAUAUCGCUUCGGAUGGUCCAGAGGUUUGGACCGUUGCCCAGCCGUCGAGGGAUCAAGUUCUCGCCAAAAUGGUCACGGCUAUCGGUAGAUGGGACAUCCAUUCCGCCAGGAACAUCAAUUACAGGUCCUUCGAGCCGAUCCUAGCUCUGGUCAGGGUCUAUCACACCCCGGAAUGUCAGAAUUGGGCCAUUUGGGCUCUUGCCAAUCUGACCCAGGUCUACCCUGGAAAAUACUGCGAGCUGCUGGAGAAAGAAGGGGGUCUAGAGCUGCUAACUGAAAUAAUCGAUCAUCCCGCUCCCCCCAGGUCCGUUAAAGAGCUCGCGGAGAUAGCCAUAAACAAUUGUCGGAAAUACAAGCAACUGAUGGUAAGGAUGGCAGAACGCCUUGACGGUUACUGGAUAACUAAAGAGUUUCCUUGGUCGAAACAAAUCGAAAAAAUUCUCAAAGAAACCUUCAAAUUCGAUAGUUUUCGUACCAAACAGUUAGCUGCUAUAAAUGCUACUUUGAAUAAGAAAGAUGUCUUGCUGUUAAUGCCCACAGGGGGUGGUAAGAGUCUGGUUUAUCAGUUACCAGCUGUUGUUACAAAGGAUCAAUUGAUUGCCCUUAAGAGAUUUGGAAUAAAAGCAGAUACUAUCAACAGUUCUUCGUCCAAAGAACAUAAGAAAAAGAUACAUAAUUAUAUGACAAAACAAGAUAAUGAGUUGAAACUGUUAUAUGUAACGCCUGAAUGGUUAGAAAAAAGUAAACAGUUCAUGUCUUACUUGCAAAAAUGUUACCAAAAUGGUUUAUUAAAAAAUAUGUUCCCUGAUGUACCUUUCAUGGGCUUAACUGCAACUGCAACCAUGAACAUCCUGAUUGAUGUCCAAAAAAUGUUAGAUAUAAAAGAUUGUGCUGUCAUAACAGCACCCUUCAACCGACCGAAUCUCUAUUAUAAAGUCAUUCAGAAACCAAGUGAUAAAAAUGAAGCUUUGACUAUAUUGGAGAACCUACUUCAAACGAAUUAUAAGAAUCAGUCUGGAAUUAUAUACACAACUACAAUUAAGGAAACUGAAGAAUUAACUGAGCAUUUACGAAAGAAAGGACUUCAAGUGAUGAACUACCAUGCACAGCUUGAACCAGAUCGAAAGAGAAGGAUCCAUGAGAAAUGGCUAGAGAACAAAUAUCAAGCCGUCAUUGCAACAAUCGCAUUUGGUAUGGGAAUUGAUAAACCUGACGUGAGAUUUGUCAUCCAUUAUUCCAUGCCUAAAAGCAUGGAGGGCUUGUAUCAGGAAAGUGGGAGGGCAGGAAGGGACGGAAAAAAAUCAGAUUGUUUACUGAUGUUUGCUCUGAGUGAUUAUUUGAGAAUCUUAGGAAUGGCAUCAUCUAAAGUCGAAGAAGCUAAUGCAUUAUCUGUUCUCAAUUAUUGUAUGGAUAAUGGUAAAUGUCGAAGGUCUCUGAUAGCUCAGCAUUUUGAGGAGGUUUGGGACAAAGAGAACUAUUUGGAUCGUGCCUAUGUACCUAGUCAAGUAGAGAAGAAAAAAUUGAAUUCACAAUAUUUCAAGACUGUUUCUAAAGGCGGUAAAGUUUUCAAUUUAAUCUUACCACCUCCAAAUAUCACAGGAACAUUGCAUUUGGGGCAUGCGUUGACUGGAACAAUACAGGAUAUAUUAGUGAGAUGGAAAACAAUGCAAGGAUUUGAAACAAAAUGGGUUCCUGGAUUAGACCACGCUGGUAUAGCAACCCAAGUUGUAGUGGAGAAACAGUUGUGGAAAGAAGAGCAGAAAACACGACAUGAUAUUGGUAGGAAAGAAUUCUGUAAAAGGGUGUGGGAUUGGAAAGAAAAUAAGCAAGCCACCAUAGUGAACCAAAUGAAACGCCUUGGAUUAUCGCUAGAUUGGGAUAGGCAGGUUUUUACCAUGGAUCCAGCCCAGGCUGCGAUAGUUUCAGAGGUUUUCGUGAACCUUUUCGAUAAAGGGUUAAUUUAUCGGAAGGAUUCAUUAGUCAAUUGGUCGUGUUUCUUGAGGUCUGCGAUUUCUGAUAUUGAGGUGGACCAUGUGGAAAUUGACGGCAAUACUACUAUCAGUGUUCCUGGUCAUAAAGAACCUGUAAAAUUUGGCCGAAUGAUCUAUUUUGCAUAUAAAUUAUGUGAUUCAGAUGAAGAAAUAAUAGUGGCAACAACCAGACCAGAGACAAUAUUAGGUGACGUAGCUGUUGCAGUACAUCCUUCUGAUGAUAGAUACAGUAAAUUAAUUGGUAGAAAAGUUCACCAUCCCUUUAGAAAAGAAGCCAUACCUAUAAUAGCAGACGAUUUCGUUGACAAGCAAUUUGGCACUGGCGCUGUGAAAAUAACACCUGCACACGACCAUGCAGAUUUUCUAGUGGCCAAGCGUCAUUCCUUGCAAUUUUUGCAAGUUUUCGAUGAGAUGGGUAGAAUAACUUCCGUUUUUGAUGACUAUAGAGGACAACCUAGAUUUGAGGUUAGGAACCGCAUAAUUGAACGUUUGGAAUCGAUGAGUUUACUUAGGGCUAUAAAGGAACACAAAAUGUCUGUUCCGAUUUGUAGUCGAUCCGGGGAUGUGGUGGAAUUUCUUUCGAGACCUCAGUGGUUCGUCAGUUGCACAGAAAUGGCUCAGAGGGCUUUGAAAGACGUGGAAGAAGGCAGGUUGGUCAUAGAACCUGCUCAAUUUAGGGACAAUUGGUUCGAUUGGUUGCAAAAUAUACGCGAUUGGUGCAUAUCUAGACAAUUGUGGUGGGGACACAGAAUACCAGUCUACUUAUGCCAAUUUGGCGACGAAAAACAAUGGGUAGCUGCUGCGAAUAAGGAGUCAGCUUGCCAAAAGGCUUCUCGUAUUUACGGUGUUCCACAAGGGUCAAUUUCAGCGGAACAGGAUAACGACGUGUUAGACACUUGGUUUUCUUCGGCCCUUUUGCCCUUUUCCGUAUUUGGUUGGCCAAAUGUCGCCUCUCCUGAGUUCUCCAAAUUUUAUCCACUGAGUUUGAUGGAGACCGGUCAUGAUAUUUUAUUCUUUUGGGUAGCUAGGAUGGUCAUGCUGGGUACGGAGGUAACUGGGCAGUUACCCUUCAAGAAAGUUCUUCUUCACGGUAUCAUUUGCGAUUCCCGAGGAAGGAAAAUGUCGAAAAGUUUGGGAAACGUCAUAUCCCCAGAUGACGUCAUUGACGGAACCACUUUAGAGGGCUUGAAUCAGACUGCUCGAGCAUCCGAAAAGGCGGGGAUAUUAACUAAGAGUGAAAUGGAGACAUCAUUGAGGGAACAGAGAAAGAUGUUUCCCGACGGUAUACCAGAGUGCGGUGCCGACGCUUUGAGAUUCACCUUAGUCUCCCACAACAUAAAGAGUCAUUUCAUCAAUUUCGACGUUCAAGAAUGCCACACCAACAAGCUGUUCUGCAACAAAAUAUGGCAGGCGACCAAAUUUACGAAAAUGUGGUUCGAACAAGUGGCCGAGGCUCAGGGUACCGAACAAAUGAAUGAGAAUUCAUUGACCACGAUGGACAGGUGGAUACUGAGUCGUUUUUCUGGCCUUGUUCAAACUUUGCAAGAUGCUCUUGAGAAAUAUGAAUUUCAUGUGGCUACGUUGGCGUUGAAGAACUUUUUGUACUAUGAUUUUUGCGAUAAUUACUUGGAAUCGACCAAGCGGAACUUGAGAGACGUUAAAAGUAGAGCGGCAGCUGGACAUUGCUGGACUCUUGUCUACGUUUUGGAUGGUGGUCUUAGAGCGCUCCACCCUUUUAUGCCACAUAUAACAGUGCACCUCCAUCAAACGUUACCACUUUUAGACGAAAAAUCGAGGAAUUUUCCUGUGGAUACCCAUUGGAGAAACUUACCAUUAGAAGACGAUGUGGAUGACGUGUUAGAGACGAUCAAAGGGAUAAGGAGGCUCAAAAAAAUAUUCAAUAUAACAAAAAAACACAAUUCUGAAGUGAAAAUAAUAACAUCCAAUCGGGAGUACCCGAAUUUCAAGCAGUUAAUUGAGGAUUUAACCGGGUUUGAGACAAUUUCGAUAAGAACAGAUCAUCCAGAUUUGAAAGUGGACGAAAUAGUUGUCAAAGAUACCUUGAGUAAUAAAGCUACGUUAUAUGUAACCAUACCAGUUGAAUUGAGGGAUAAUUUGCUGACCAGUGGGGAGAAAUUGCGAAAACAGAAAGAGAAAUUAGAAUGCGAAUUACAAAAAAUGACUGGUAUGAUAUCAGAUAGUAACUAUAAAAUGAAAAAUUCGGAAGAAACCCAGAAGUCUCACGAAAAGAGGGUUUUGGUUCUAGAAGAGAAGAUAACAAGAAUAGAUCACAUAUUGAGUAUUUUAUAAUUAAUUGUAUGAAUUUGAAUAAUAUAAAAGAAUUUCAAGUAA